AUGCCUCUGCAGAAGUCCUUCUCCGAGCAGAAUGACUCCAGACCUCGACAGCGUUGGCACAAAUUCAACAGCCAUUCUGCCGCGAGCCGUUCUUCCACCACGGUGAAAGUCAACACGAAACUGCUCGAACCCGUCUCCGAAGUCACGAAGAACAAGCUCAAUGCCUUCAACUUUCGCCCGACGACUGACAGGCCCGAAGACAAAGUAUCGAACCCGGAAGCCAACGAUGAGAACGACGCCCGCGCCCAUACUGGGCCCAAGCCAUCCAUCGAGCUGGGGACAGAGGUAACGAGUCCUCUGCCGGCAUCCAAGUACAGCACGUCAACGCCUGUGAGCCGCUUAGCAUGGCAGGAUCUCAUAGGCGUGUCCGAGGUCAAGGAAGAAGAGGAGGAUACAAGCCCCAACGAAAGGAUCGGAUGGGACACCAGAAAGCAGCCCAUGUACACCUUGUCACCUAUGAUGCCACGCAAAAGAGGCAAGAAGAGAGCCCGGAGUUCCUCUCCCAUCUCGUCACCAGCGACCCAUCCGAAACCUAACACCCCAGCCGUCAACGUCAAGAAGUUAUCUCGAGCCCUCAAAUCACCACAUGCGGAUCCUGCUAUCGAACUAUGGGACCGCUUCUCCUUGAGUGGCUCUACGUCAGUCACACCUCUUGGGGCCCAAAACCCAGCCCUUGCCCAGAUCAUGGUUCCGUCCUCCCCACAGCCGUCUAGAGUGCUGGGGGCCGUGCCGGCUGAGAGUGGACUGAGAAGGGCCAUCAGUUGCGGAGCACAUUGGCCAAAACGCCGAAGAGUGGAACGAGCAGAAACGGCUCCCUCGUUGGAAGUCAUGGUUGAGGAGAGUCCAAGUGGCCAUUCCAAGUCAUCUAUGGUCAACGCCUUGCUGAAGAGUGUGACGGGGGAGAUCAACAGGUCCAGUGCUGUUCAAGUACAUGAUGACGCCCUCAGAUCCCCUUCGCCACGCAAGAGGCGGCAGAAACCGGCGGUGGAAUUGACAGGAUCGCCAAACCGACGGCAAACUCCCACCAAGUCUAGCCCUCCUCUUUCCACCGAGGCGGUUACGGACACGAUCUUAAGACCGGCCCCUGCGAUAGAGAACUACUGCUCGUCUGAUUAUGGGGACGAUGACUUCGACGAUGACACCCUGAUGGAGUUGGAUGCGACCGUCGACCCUGUGCAGCGACCAGACGAGAACCCAAUAUUACCACCACAACCGAAAUUGGACACAGGACAAGCGGCUCACCAACCCCCAAUGAACCAAGAGCUGGAUUCAUAUGACGAUGAGUUUGCUGACCUGGAUGACGACAUAUUUGCUGCCGCCGAGGUUUUCGUCUCACAAGUCGAUUCGACGCAUGCCUCCCGUCAGAGGUCGGAUAUCUUGCCGGUUACUACUGUUGGCGAUUCGGUACAAGGUGUUAUAUCUGAGGACACGGCGGAAGACCUCUACGGGGAUGACUUUGGUGGUGAUUUUGAUUUCGAAGCCGCUGAAAUGGCUGCUACACAAUUCGCCAAACAGACAGACGCAUCGUUACCUCUUCCAGCCCAGCCAGCCCAUAAGCCUAAGGCGAUCCAACGAUAUCUCGUGACUAAGGUCCUUGAAAGCCAGUAUACUGAUCCUCGCGGGAGAGAGUCGCCGGAGAAGAUACUCUUUGUUGAAGUCGAUCGGAGCAAGGUAAUGAAGACCGUCCACCUCCGGGGAGACUGGGUGGAUACUCCCGCCAGCCCAAAGGCAUAUAUCCACAUACUGGGCGCCUUCGAACCAUCUGGACAAUGCGUUAUAGAUAAUUCUCAGAAUAUCAUAGUGCUGCACCCGGAUCAGCUGAUAUCAGCUACCGUCAUAGCGGACAGCUUCACUUGCAUGCGCAGAGCUGUGCUUCAAGACCGCGUCAAAGCGACCAGCGACAAGACCCCGCCCCUUGUCUAUGGGACACUCCUACACGAAAUCUUCCAAGAAGCCCUCAUGUCAAACCAAUGGAGCCUCGAGUUUCUAGACGGCAUAAUUUGUAGGAUCACUGAAAAACAUGUCGAAGACUUGUAUACCAUCAAAGUCUCCAUCAACGGUGCUCGCGAGCACCUGCGAUCAAAGAUGCCCGAGCUGAAGUGCUGGGCGGCAGCUUUCGUCUCUCCUUUCCCCAGGCCGGAUGCCGUCGUCCAAAGUAUGAACGGACGAAAUGGACAGAAUGCAAACAUGUGUGUCACGAAGCUGCUCGACGUUGAAGAGCACGUGUGGUCUCCCCUAUACGGAAUGAAAGGCAAUAUCGACGCCACCGUUCAAGUCACCAUGAAGGAUGGGAAGCAAAGACGCACCCUCACAGUGCCUUUCGAAGUGAAGACGGGCAAGAACGAGACCACCAACCACCAUGCCCAGACAUCACUGUACAAUCUUUUGUUGUCAGAUCGAUAUGAUGUUGAGAUCGCCUACGGCAUCUUGUACUACAUGGAGACUUCCAAGACGGUCCGAAUACCGACGGUCCGCAACGAGCUUCGGCAUAUGAUCAUGCAGCGCAAUCAAUUGGCCUGCUAUGUUCGGGACCGAAGUGUUCAGCUUCCUCCGAUGAAGCGAAGUACAAAUACUUGCGGGAACUGCUACGCCAAGGUGUCUUGUUUCAUAUAUCACAAGCUUGCAGAUAAUGGAGACCAGGAGACCAGUGGCGUCAAGGGGAAAUUUGACGAAGUCGUCCAGCACUUGACGCCAACUCACCAGGAGUUCUUUUUGAAAUGGGAAGAUCUAUUGACCAAAGAAGAGAGGGAGAGUCAGAAGAUGCGUCGAGAACUGUGGACUAUGGUCAGCACAGAAAGGGAGAAGGUCGGCCGAUGCUUUGCGAAUGUCAUCACCGAGGAAGGUUCUGCCUUUGAAGACAGCGAAACCCCGAAGAUCAAUCGGUAUAGUUACAACUUCAUAAAGGAAAACCCAGGCUCAAGCUUUUCCUUCCUCGACUCUCAGCUUGUGGUUGGAGAACCCAUUGUCAUAUCUGACGAGAAGGGUCACUUUGCCCUGGCCCUCGGCUAUGUCACCUCUGUACGAAAACAGAGAAUCGGCGUGGCAGUUGACCGCCGCCUUCACAACGCUCGUAUACGACGUCCUGGCUUUGACGAAAUCGACAAUCAGGUUUUCGCCAGCAUCAUGGAAGUUGUCCCUGAGGGGGCAACCCCUGCCCAGUCUCAGGGCAAGAUCAAGGAAGCGCCUGUGCGAUAUCGACUUGACAAGGAUGAGUUCAGCAAUGGGAUGGCCACUGUCCGAAACAACCUUGUUCAAGUGAUGGCGGAUGGUGUGUUUGGGUCGAGGGAAAUCCGACGCCUUGUGGUGGACCUUGCACCUCCCAGGUUCAAGGCGACGACAACACAGUAUUCAGUUGCUGAUCAAGCAAGCCUAAAUGUCGACCAGAAAAGAGCCAUCGCGAAAGUCAUGAGUGCCAACGAUUAUGCGCUCGUUCUGGGCAUGCCUGGAACCGGCAAGACCACCACGAUUGCCCAUAUCAUCCGCGCACUCGUCGGCCAGGGGAAAAGUGUUCUCUUGACGUCGUACACGCACUCUGCUGUCGACAACAUCUUGCUGAAGCUGAAGAAUGAGAAGUACCCAAUCCUGCGGCUUGGUGCGCCUGCCAAAGUGCACCCCGUAGUGCAAGAUUUCGCAAUUCUGGGUGGGCAGCCGAUGAACACGUUUGAAGAGAUUCGAAGUGCCUGGCAUGACACCCCUGUCGUGGCAACGACAUGCCUGGGUGUCAACCACCCCGUCUUCAGCGAACGCACCUUUGACUAUUGUAUAGUUGACGAGGCGUCGCAGAUCACAUUACCUAUCUGCAUUGGUCCUAUCCGCAUGGCACACACGUUUGUCCUGGUUGGAGAUCACAACCAGCUGCCCCCUCUCGUCCAGAACGAACCUGCUCGAGCCGGCGGCCUGGAUAUCAGUCUCUUUAAACUGCUUUCAGACACGCACCCGGACUCUGUCGUCAACCUUGAGCACCAAUAUCGUAUGUGUGAAGAUGUCAUGACGCUCAGUAAUACCCUCAUAUACGAGGGUCGCCUGAAGUGCGGCACCGAAGCCCUACGCCACCAGAAGCUUGAGAUUCCGCAUAUGGACCACUUGCGGCAGAGACAUUACGACGCCAAUACUAUCAUGCGCCCUGACACUCCGCGGUCGUUUUGUACUAGCUGGAGUAACGCGGGUUGUUGGCUACGCAAUCUUCUGGAUCCAGAGGCUCGCGUCCGCUUCGUCAACACCGACAAUCUGCCCUCGCCACGCGAGGAGGCCAAGGGGAACCGCACAGUCAAUCCGACCGAGUCGCGCAUCGUGGUGCAGCUGGUCGAUGCCCUCCUCACGGCCGGGGUAGCCGCUAGUGACAUCGGUGUCAUGACCCAUUAUCGUUCGCAGCUCUCACUGCUGAAACACGGGCUGCGUGGCUACGGGAGCAGCAUCGAACUACAUACCGCCGACCGCUUCCAAGGACGAGACAAGGAGGUCGUGAUACUGAGCCUUGUGAGAAGCAACGAGGCCUGCAGCAUCGGCGAUCUGCUUAAAGAUUGGCGACGCAUCAAUGUCGCAUUUACUCGCGCGAAGACCAAGCUCCUGGUCGUCGGCAGUCGCGACACUCUGAAGGGCAGCGGGGAGCAAGAGAUGCUCAGCAGAUUCGUAAGGCUGAUGGAAGAGCGCGACUGGGUGUACGACCUCCCGUCGGACGCGCUGGAAAGCCACUUCUUUGAAGACGGUGCGACGCAGAUCACGGCCACGGGCGCGCCCGGAAGCCAGCCGUCGCCCACCAAAAGGAGUCCGAAGAAGAUUUGCAAGGGCUCUGCUGCGAGGAGCAGUCAGGUUCUGGGAGGCAAGGAGAACCAGCGGCCUGGGCCGAAGAGGGGCAACAUCACGGGCAAGGCGCUCCUGAGGAAGAAUCCCAUCUCACGAGACAUUCUCAAUGAGCUGACGGGGGGUAUAUACUAG